AUGAACGGGAGCGAUGCCUCGGGAUCUGCCACCGCAGCAGCCGCAGGCGAAACGUCCGUUCCGCCUGCCACGUCACCGGGGAGCGACAGGCGCACUGUAGCGCUAGGUGCACUAGCGGUGCUGCCUGAUGACGUCAUCGACAAUAUCAUCGGACGGCUGGGACCGAAGGAUCUCAUGGCCGCCGCUUGCGUCAGCAGCGUGCUGUACGUGUUCUGCAUGGAGGAGCCCACGUGGCUGGCGGCGUGCUUCCGCGAGUACAAGGGCGAGGUGAUGCGCUUCGACCACUCCUGGCGCCAAACAGUCCUUAACAAGCUGUCGGAGGAGAAGGGAGUGGAGCGUCGUGAUCUCAAGGAGCCGCUUCACUUCAAAGACCUCCAGUCCAUGUUUCUGUACCGCCGCUGGUACCGCUGCCACGUGAAGCUGGAAGCGUUCGAGGGCGACACGGGCCACGUGGAGCGCCGCGCGGGGCUCACCCCGGAGGAGUUCCGCCAAUCAUAUGAUGGCCGCCGCCCCGUGAUCAUGACAGACCUGACGGAGAACUGGAGGAGGGCCACGUCAAAGUGGAGCAUUGACAGCCUGGCGGAGGAGCACGGUGACGUGGCGCUGAAGGUGUCGGUGGCCAAUGGGCACACGGUGCGCAUGAAGCUGCGCGACUACCGUGAAUACGUGGCGGCACAGCAUGACGAGGAGCCGCUCUAUAUCUUCGACCCCAAGUUUGGAGAGCAAGCACCGGCGCUGGUAUCAGGCUACUCUGUGCCACCUCACUUCAGGGAGGACGUGUUUGAGGCCAUGCCCGCGCUCAGCCGCCCCAUGUACCGCUGGCUCGUGGCCGGCCCACAGCGGUCGGGUGCAGGCUGGCACGUGGACCCCGCGCUCACUAGCGCCUGGAACACUCUGCUUGUUGGGCGGAAAAGAUGGGCGCUCUACCCGCCCGGGAAGGUGCCGCCAGGUGUCACGCUGCGAGUGGACGAUGACUCGGGCGAUGUGGAUUAUGAUGGGCCCACGUCGCUUAAGUGGUGGCUGGAGGUGUAUCCCCUCCUGCGCCCCGAGGACAAACCAAUGGAGGUGAUGCAGCGGCCAGGCGAGACCAUCUACGUGCCAUCAGGGUGGUGGCACAGCGUGCUCAACCUCGACCUCACCGUCGCCGUCACGCAGAACUUCGCCUCCUCCGCCAACUUCGACUGUGUGUGCCUCGACAUGGUGCCUGGGCGGCAUAGGGGUGUGGCGCGCGCUGGGAGACUGGCGAUCGAGGCCGGGGAGAAGUGGGACGAGCGACUCAGGGCCAUGUAUGGGGAGGGGGAGGAGGAGGAUGAGUGGGAGGAGGUGGAGGAAGGCGAGGAGGUGGAAGGGAGUGAGGAGGGGGAAGGGGACGGGGAGGAGGAGGGGGGAGAGGGGGAGAGCGAGGGGGAGGAGGAGGAGGGGGGCACGUGGAACGGGAUGCAGGGGCGGCUGUCAGCGCUGGCAGCGCAGCAGUUUCUGAGCGAGGGCGGCAACGAGGGCUGGUCCAUGCCUGAAAUCCGCAUCCUGCUGCGCUCGCUCUGGCCCGCCCAGCCGCAACUGCAGGAUCGCAUUUGGAAGAACGCGUGUCUGUGCAUGGAUGCUGCCACGUGGCACAGGCGUGUGGCCACAGUGUGUCAAGCACACGGCCUGCCCGCCCCCCAGGGCCUGGACGCCCUGCCCCUCGGCUCCGGCUCCAACGCUGUGUACAUGGUGGGGCAGCACGUGGUGAAGCUGUAUCUACCCAUGGGCUCUCAUGACGAGUCAGCCGCCACCUUCCUCGCCAAGGAGCUGGCGUUCUACCGCGAGCUACACGCGUGCCAGUCUCCCCUGCUCCCCUGCAUUCCGCCCCUCGUGGCCUCGGGCCUGCUCUUCUCAUCAGGGGUUGUGGACAAGAGCGAGGAGGAGGAGGGGGCGAAGGGGCGGGGAGGGAAGGACGUGCAGACAAACGGGGUGGGGAGCAAUCCGCCGAGUGCAGAGGGCGAGGGCGAGGGGGAGGAGGCGGGGGCGGAAGGGGCGGAAGGGGCAGAAGGGGAGAAGCAGCAAGAGGGGUACCCGUUUGAGGGAGAGGAGGAGGAAGCAGAGCAAGAGGAAGGGGAGGAGUAUGAUGAGGAGGAGGAGGAGGAGGAGGAGGAGGAGGAAGAAGAGGAGGAGGGAGUGUGGCCGUACAUCAUCACGGGGCGGUGCCCUGGGUGGCAGCUGGAUGCUGUUGCGGAUCUAGCCACGCCAGCGGACCGGCAGGCUCUGGCGGACUUCUUUGCGGCGUGUCUCUCCCACCUGCACUCGCUGCCACUGCCCUCCACGCCGCUCUCCCCCCCGCCCCGCAAGGCCAAGAGCAAGAGCAAGGAGACCAAGGCCGGGGCGGAGGAUGAUGCGCGAGCACAGGAAGUACAUCAAGGAGCGCCUGGAGGACAUGGGCAGCCUCCCCCACACCUGGUGAAGCAGGCGGCGGCAUAUCUGCCCAAGGACCCCGCACUGCUCUUCCAAGGCCUUGAGCGCCCGUCAUGGCUGCACACGGACAUCAUGAGCGACAAUGUGCUGCUGGCUGCUGCGUCGCCCGCUGCCACGCCCGUCAUCGAGGAGUUUGUGGCGCGCGGCAAGGACGGCGCGGGGAAGAGCCAGGGCGAGAAGCCACGCGCAGGAGAGGGGGGUGGAGAGAAGGCAGUGCCAGUGGAGGGGGAGCGGGUGCUGCAACCGUCUUCCAUCAUUGACUUCGGCACCCUCAUUCUCGGCGACCCCCUGUACGACCUCAUCAUGCUGCAUGUGAGCGCCCAGCGCUGCAACAAGGCCGACCUUGCCAGGCUGCUUACCACGUACAAGCCGCCACGGCCAGCGCAAGGAGCUGGAGCAAACUUCACCCAGUCCUAUCGUGCCAUGUGCUACACUCUGCUCAACCAGAACGAUGCACUCAGUCGUGUGUUCCGCUAUCGCAAGGAGCUCUCUGAUGUGAAGACCCUGGAGGAAAUCGCAACAGCAGUGUGGGGCCAGUUGGAUGAGUUGCUCGUCGACGCCGACGAAGGCGGGAACGAGCCGUCUUCGCGCAGCGGGAAGUGGACGUUUGGCUUAUACGGUGGUUGCUUUCCAGUGCGCGUCGCUCGGCGCGCUCACAACGCCCCGUUCAGUCCGCCGCGUGAGACCUCGUCCGUAGCGCAGCUGACCUCCCCGCGCAGCGACCUUCGUUUAGAGUCACAGCCUCCAGAGUCACAGCCGCCAGAGUCACAGCCGCCAGAGUCACAGCCGCCAGAGUCACAACCGCCAGAAUCAGCAGGGCCACCAGCAGCUGCGCCAUCAGCGGCAAUGGCAGGAGGGAGGCACACGAGACGGACAGCAACUAGGGCGCUGGAGCGCGUGGUGGUGGGCGACUUGGCUGUACGGCUGGCGGCGCGAGGCACAGCAGGGAGCGACGCGGCGAGAGGCGGUGGAGCGGAGUGGGAGAGGCGCGCAGAAGCGCAGCGUGAAUGUGGCGAGAAGGGGGUUGCGCAGGGAGAUGGGGGAAGCGGGUGUGGAGAGGGCAAGGAGGAUGGGGAGGGUAAGUGUGGAUUGACAUAUGUGCCCGGUGUCGUUGAGAGCACGCACGACACGGAAGAUGUUGGAGGUGGUGCAUACGGCAGGGAUAGUGCAGUAACGCCAAGGGCAGCAGCAUCAUGCGAUGUGAGCGGCGCAGAGGUGGGGUCGGACGACAUGCAGCAGACGCCGCAGGAGGCAUUGGGCAGGCCAGUGAUUCCAAAGAUUGUCACGAGCCCCAACAGCGCGGCCCACUUCGCCCUGAGCGCACCUCUCUCGUGGGCUGUGCUGCCUGACUCUGUCUCCAGCUUCCUCAACAGCCCCACCCCUCUGCACCACAGCGCAAGCGACGCAGCAACCUCACUCGUGGGUGACCUGACUCCUCGUGCUGCUGUACCGCUCCCUGCUGCUGUCAGCCCUUCCGCAUUGAACCAUCCAGCCACCCAGGACGCAGCGGAAGGGGCAGCGGCUGAGGCACAAGCGAGGCGGGGUGCUCAGGUGAGAGGCAGCAGGCGUCCCUCUGCUAUCUCACACCAGUUGUUGAAACAUCCGGAGGAGGAAGAGGAGGAGGAGUGCGAUGAGGGUGGGCUGUUGAGCUCAAGGUCUGAAUGCCUCUACCGCCCCGCAUGGGGGAGGUCACCGCAGAUGACGCAUGGAGCAAGGCAUAUGGAGAAAGGGGGAGAGGAGGGGGCGCAAGCGAGAAAGACACGGGGGCAGCGUGGUUCGCCGGCGGAGGCGGAGAUGCUGAAGAUGCACACAGUGACCGUGGCGAUUCUUGCCAGGGAAUCCCGUGCCCGACAGGAGAGGCUUGCUGCAGCGCUCGGAGGGGUGAGAGUGAGGCAGACAAGGCCCAAGAGAGCAGGUGCAGAGGAGAAGGCUGAGGAAGGGAGUUGCACGGUGGAAAAAGCAGGGUACACGGGCAGGCACAGGCAUAGAAGGGGAGGAACAGAAGAUUCAAAUGCUCGGACUCCUUUGAAGGAACAAACACCCCGAAACCAGACAGACCAAGGCAUGAGAAGCAACUUCGUGGAAGAUGAGUUCAUGGGGAUAGUGGAGGAGUUCUUAAAUAAACCCAGGGCCAAAACUGUGCCUCCAAAAGGUGCUGCUCUGCUGCACAAAUAG